UUAGAAAGGACGGCUUGAAAUGGAUUUUCCGUUCAAUGACGACAAGGAGGAGUCUUUAGUACCUGGAGUGUUUGAGAUACCUGGAGAGCCGGCUGUUGUUAUUAACGGGUUGCCUCCCAUUUCUUCAAGUGUUGACACAUUUUCUCCCUUCCCAACAGUUACUGAUGCAGUAGAAGAAUCACUUGACACUGUUAUUGGUCCAUGGUUUGAAGGAAGAGAAGUUCGCAAGUUGUUUGGGAACAAGUAUUACUAUGGGGAAAUUACUGAAUUUGGCGAGGAAGUUGGUCGGUUCAAGGUGAAAUAUGAAAAUGGUAAUGUUGAAGAACUUGAGUGGAAUGAGUUGGACCAAGUUCUUCAGCCUUUGAAUUUGAAUAUUCCGCUGGCAACAAUAUUCACAGAGUCCAUUAGGAGAAAACAGAGAUCCAUUCAGAAAUCGGGGAAAUCCAAGGGUGGAACUACAAAUGAAGGCGUAAAAAUUGAGUAA